CUUUAAAUUAUUUUUUAUUGUAAUCAGAUAAGGAAAAUCUCACACUUGUAGUCAAAUGGAGUUAAUAAACUUUAGUAUAGUACCGUUGUUAAUGGGUUUGUUGAAUAAUCUAGAGCAUGAGCACGAAAACAGAUUAUCGUUUUUUUUUUUAUUAUUAGAUUUGUGAUUUGUUAUAUGCGUUGUAUUUGUAUUAGAUUUGGUUUUAUGACCGAUUAGCAGUUUCAGGCUUUGAAGUUUUCGAUCAAUUCUAUAAAAGCCAUUACUGCGCCUAAAUAAAGGUUAGUUAAAGAACUGUUAACUUUGCGAGCAGUUAAUAUUUACCAUGAAAAUCAUAUUAAUCCUUUUGACUAUCGUUGGUCUAGCGACAGCCACGGAAGUCGCUGAAACAUUCGCCGAUCGUUCCCUGUCCAGCGUUGCUAUCGAUGUUAUCGAGAAUCUACGUGAUGAGAUGCCUUGCGGUUUCCCCGGACUCGGCAUUCCCCCACUCACUCCGCUAAAGAUCCCACACAAGGAAGUAAAUAUCGACACAGAGGCCUUGCAAUUGCAGGGUUUUGUUGACAACUUCCGCUUGAACGGUCUGAACGAUUUCGAUAUUGAUGAGAUGAAGAUCAAUGCGAUUACUAGCAAAGUGAGCUUCCGUUUCAUUUUCCGCAAUGUGAACGUCGAUACAGAAUACGAUUUGCGUUUGCUGUUGAAAAAAGCUGGCUUUACCAUCAACAUGGUCGGCAGUGGGCCAGCCAAGUUUGCUAUUAAAAAUAUGGAUGUCAAAGGUGUCCUUAAGUACUCAUUGGGUCUUGUGAGCGGUAAAUUGAAGUUGAAGACCUUGAGCAUUCGCACACACAUCGGCGAAGUAGAGUCCGAUAUUGAGGGUAUCAUGGGUGAAGGUGACAUAAACGAGAAGAUGAACGAAGUUUUGGCUGAAAUCGUAGAGGUGGCUGUUAAUGAGAAUGAGGAUAACAUUGCCGCCACCAUCGAAAAAUUUGCUGUACCAAAGGUGAACAGUCUUUUGGGUGACAUGUCUUUGGCUGACGUGAUUGCUGCAGUGGGCGGUAACAACGAGGAAAAGGAUAAGUGUAUACCCCCUACUUAUUGAAUAAUGUGAAGAAUAUAUUUUUUGAUUGAAAUAAAUUGUUUAUUUUAAUAAAAACUUUAUUAAUUACUGGGAAAA